CGCCAAUCCUCCCGUUCCUCUAGACUCUCUCUCUCCCCCAGACCUUGCCUUCUGGACUAUCCUUGCCCAUUACUUCCUUCUUGUGUUCAUUGUUCCCACGAUCCUGUCCGACAUCCCUUUCCUCAUCUGCUAAUAUCUUGCGUUCAUUUUGGGAUCUCUCCCCUCUCCCCACCUUCCCCCCCAUACUAUUACGUAUCCAUCAUCAUGGCCGAUGACACCGCCGCGGCGGAGGAUUCGCCCAUCACCUUCACCAUCAAAUCGUCAAACGAUGCCAAGUACACUCUCACACUCCCCCCGUCAACGCCUGUUUCGGAAUUGAAGGAAAAGCUAUCGACCUCGGAGUAUGCGGACACCCCGGCCGACCGGCAGCGUCUGAUCUACUCCGGACGGGUGUUGAAGGAUAACGAGACGCUGGCUUCAUAUAAGAUCAAGGAGGGACACACCGUUCAUCUGGUGAAAAGCGCCGCCAGCAACCAACGUCAAGGCGGUCCCUCUCAAAGUGCCGCCACUUCUGCGCCAACCCCCGCCGCCACCGCGAACCCCUCGGCCGCCGGCGUGCCCACAAAUCUCGCAGCUGGCACGGGCAACAACCCUCUGGCCGGACUGACAGGGGCCAGAUAUGCAGGAUUCGCACAACUGCCAGGAGCUGGGAUGUUUGGCCCGGAUGGUGGUAUGGGACCUCCUCCCGAUGCCGAAGGUCUGCUCGGCAUGCUCGAAAACCCUCAAUUCGUGUCCACCAUGAACGAAGCCUUGCAGAAUCCCGCAGUGAUCGACAUGAUGAUCCAACAAAAUCCCAUGUUGCGCGACAUGGGUCCCGGAGUGCGACAGAUGAUGCAAAGCCCCGAAUUCCGUCGUAUGCUUACGGAUCCUAGCAACCUCCGCCACGCGAUGCAGAUGCAGAGAGCCAUGGGUGGUGCCGGAGGUCUUGGUGGUGGUAGCCCAUUCCCGGCCCCCGGUGUAACCAACACGACGCCGGAGGAAAAUCGCGGUGCUCAGGACAACGCCGACAGUGGUGCUGCACCGACGCCGGCUGCCCCGCCAUUCAACCCCUUCAUGAUGCCUCCGGGUCUCGGUGCCGGUAACCCUUUCGCUGCGCUUUUUGGUGGCAACCCCAUGGGCGCAAACCCGUCCAACCCCGCCGGCGACGGUCAACCAAGCGCUACUCAGGGCGCAACCGGAAGCGAGGGUGCCGCUGGAACCACUGGCGGAGAUGGUCAGAACCAGCAAACCGCGCAGAAUCCUUUUGGUCUCUUCAACCCUGCGCUGUUCGGGCAACAGGCUGCCGGCCAAGCUGGCCAAAAUCCCUUCAACCCCCAGCAGAACCCGUUCCUCCGGGAUCCGGCUCUCUUCCAGCAGAUGAUGCAAGCGAUGGGUGGUCCUUCGGGCGACGGUGGUGUCGCUGCCGGUGCUAAUCCGUUCGCAUCCCUCUUCGGAGGUGGCGGGCUUGGAAGCCCAGCUCCCCCAGACAACCGACCGCCCGAGGAACGAUACGCCGAGCAGUUGCGACAGCUGAACGACAUGGGCUUCUUUGAAUUCGAGAGAAACAUCGAGGCUCUGCGUCGGUCGGGCGGCAGCGUGCAAGGUGCGGUGGAAUAUUUACUCGGCAACCCAUCCUAAAUCCUUUUCAUUCUUAUUCCAGCGAGCGCUCUUCUCUUCUUGCCCUUAAUUCGCGUGGGGAAAAUGACAGGCCUUGGCGGUUCUUACUUCUGACUCCCCACCUCGUGCUUUUCUACAGGAUGUGUAUAGGAGAAAUGAUUGGAGGAAGGCUUGCAUAUGUCACGGCAGCUCCUCAGGCGGGCUUAUCAAUCAGAGAUAUUACAACUCUUUUCUUGUUCUGCUAGGUAAUUCUGCCACGUUUAAUGAAAGAUGAUGAAUGAGG